GACCCUCAGCAGUAGCGGCCGUCUCUUCCUCCUCCUUCCUCCCGGGCAGCAAGGCGAACCCCAUCCUUACUCACUGGAGCUCAGCUUUGAUUUUUAACUUCCCUUCCCCACCCUUCCAGAACACACACAUUCCAUUCCAAAAUUGAUUUUAUAAAGACAUUUUAAACAUAAUGAUGCAACUUGGUGUGCACUACAGCAAAUAUACAGUGAGAUUUUUUUGAUCUUCAGCUACACCAUCUUCCUACUGUUUCCCUUGAAAUCCCAUCCUGCUUUUCCUGUACACUACCCCUCACAAACCACAAGCCGCAGCAACAUGGAUGCCCAGCCCGGAGCAGCAUCAGCCAGGAUGACCUGGAGCCGGGGGGGCCUUCGGAACAGAUAUACACCCUUCCUGGGUGAUGUUUCAGCUUUGCGAGAAACUUUAUCAACAAAGAAGAUGGCCAGCAACGUUACCAACAAGACAGAUCCCCGAUCCAUGAAUUCCCGUGUAUUCAUUGGGAAUCUCAAUACUCUUGUGGUCAAGAAGUCUGAUGUGGAGGCAAUCUUUUCAAAGUAUGGCAAAAUUGUGGGUUGCUCUGUGCAUAAGGGCUUUGCCUUUGUCCAAUAUGUUAACGAAAGGAAUGCCCGGGCCGCUGUAGCUGGAGAGGAUGGCAGAAUGAUAGCUGGCCAGGUUUUAGAUAUUAAUCUGGCUGCAGAGCCAAAAGUGAACCGAGGGAAAGCAGGUGUGAAACGAUCUGCAGCGGAGAUGUACGGGUCAGUACCAGAACACCCUUCUCCGUCCCCUCUACUCAGUUCCUCAUUUGAUUUGGACUAUGACUUUCAACGGGAUUAUUAUGACAGGAUGUACAGUUACCCAGCACGUGUUCCUCCUCCUCCUCCUAUUGUUCGAGCGGUGGUGCCUUCUAAACGCCAACGUGUUUCUGGAAACACCUCUCGGAGGGGCAAAAGUGGAUUCAAUUCGAAGAGUGGACAACGGGGCUCUUCUUCCAAAUCCGGAAAAUUGAAAGGUGAUGACCUUCAGGCCAUUAAGAAGGAGCUGACUCAGAUAAAACAAAAAGUGGAUUCUCUGCUGGAAAGCCUGGAAAAAAUUGAAAAAGAACAAAGCAAACAAGCAGACUUGUCCUUCUCCUCCCCAGUAGAGAUGAAGAAUGAGAAGUCGGAGGAGGAGCAGAGCAGUGCCUCUGUGAAGAAAGACGAGACGAAUGUCAAGAUGGAGUCUGAGGCUGGCGCAGAUGACUCUGCUGAGGAGGGCGACCUGCUGGAUGACGAUGACAAUGAGGAUCGAGGGGAUGAUCAGCUGGAACUGAUCAAGGACGAUGAAAAAGAAGCUGAGGAAGGAAAGGAUGACAGAGACAGCGCCAAUGGGGAGGAUGACUCCUAAGCACAUAGCGGAGUUUAGAGAUCUUAUCCUGUUAUUAUUCAUUUACCUAGGCGCUUGUGAGAGAUGGAAGUAACACCAGAUCCUCUCCCCUAGUGUCUUCAGCACAGUCUCACUGUUCACCCUCUCCCUUUCCUGUGUUCAUUGAUUCAUAAUUGCCUUGCGCCUAGUUCCAUUCUCACUUCCUUUGAUGCUCCUUAGUAGUUUUGUUAAGUCUUACCCUGUAAGUUUUGCUUUUAAUUUUGAUACCUCUUUGACUUAACAAUAAAAAGAUGUAUGGUUUUUAUC